AUGGCGGUAUUGGCGGUAACCUACACCAACGCACUCGUGCUACAACUCGUCCAAGCCUACAAGAACCACGACCUCCUCUGGGACCCUUCGAACCCCGAUUUCAAAAACAGAACGAAGAAAAACGACGCGUGGGACGCCAUCGCAAAUACCGUGAAUAUUCCGAGAAGGGAAGUUGAAUCCAAAAUACAUACGUUGCGUUCGCAGUUCGCUAGAGAGAAGAAGAAAAUAGCUCAGAUGAGAAAAAACGGGAAUGACUUGAGAUACUCUCCGUGGUUUGCCUACGAGCCGAUGAAGUUUUUAUUGAAAGGAGAAACAGAGAUUGCCGGAUUUGAUAGCUCUGAGAUGCGAAACAGCCAUAACGAUGAACUCUCCGAGCCUUACCACGUCGAAAAUUUCCAGUUAGCCGCCCCCAUCCCAAUGCUUUACGAAUCUACGAACACAACAGCAAACUUGUCAACCAACUCGAGGAAAAGAACCAAUUCUUGUGACGAUAAAUCGGAUGACCCAAUGAGAUAUGGUUUUGCUAAGCAAUAUCGGCCAACUUCAAAAUUUGGUGAAGACGAAUUUGAAAUUUACGGGCAAUAUGUUGCUUCGGAACUAAGAGAAACUAAAGAUCUGCAUUCAGUCCUAAUAGCCAAACGUUAUAUAAACGAUAUAUUGUUCAACGCACGCAUGGGAAAAUAUCGUACAAAUUCUGCUAGUAAUAAUAGCAAGAGUAUUAAAACUGAACAGGAACAUGAUUCAGAUGUGAAUGAUAUUGAAUAA